CGAAAUGCCGAGCUGAAGAAGCUUCGAGAACCACCAGAAGUCUCUGGUUUGCUUUGCUUUCCAUUUCUAUAUAAAUUAUAUUAAUUUCUAUUUUUUUUCUGAAUUACACUAAACCUCACAAAUCACAGUCGUCUUCCCCAAAGCAAAACUCGAAGCUAACAGAUUCCUCUUCCAUGGCCGACGAAGCCAAAGCCAAAGGCAACGCCGCCUUUUCCUCAGGUGAUUUCAACGCCGCGAUCAAACACUUCACGGAAGCUAUAGACCUUGCUCCGACCAACCACGUCCUUUACUCAAACCGAUCUGCCGCUUACGCUUCUCUUCAUCAAUACGAUGCAGCGUUAUCCGACGCCAAAAAGACCGUCGAACUCAAACCCGACUGGUCCAAAGGUUACAGCAGGAUCGGCGCGGCUCAACUCGGCUUGCAUCAAUAUCAAGACGCGAUUUCGGCGUAUAAGAAAGGUAUCGAGAUUGAUCCUAAUAAUGAAGCUCUGAAAUCGGGAUUGGCUGAUGCUCAAUCGGCUUCAGCGUCGGUUUCGACUUCACGAUCUAGGGCGGCUCAGCCACCCAAUCUGUUCGGCGAUGCUUUUCAGGGGCCGGAGAUGUGGGCGAAGUUGACUGCGGAUCCGACGACUAGGCUUUAUUUACAGCAGCCGGAUUUUGUUAAGGCGAUGCAGGAUAUUCAGAAAAACCCUACCAAAUUGAAUGAAUAUUUGAAGGAUCAGAGGGUUAUGCAAGCUUUGGGAGUUCUAUUGAAUGUUAAGUUUAAAGCGCAUGGUGCUGGCGACGACAUGGAUACUCCAGAGGCUGAUUCGCCUCCAGCUCCACAGCCUUCACAGCCCGCUAAGGAGGAGGUGAGGAAGCCUGAGCCUGAGACGGUACCUGAACCGAUGGAAAUUCCGGAAGAGGAGAAGGAGAAAAAAGAGAAGAAGGAGAAAGCUUUAAAGGAGAAGGAGGCUGGAAAUGCUGCAUAUAGGAAGAAGGAUUUCGAGACGGCUAUUCAGCAUUACACGACAGCAAUGGAGCUUGAUGAUGAGGAUAUUUCGUACAUCACCAAUCGGGCUGCUGUUUAUUUGGAAAUGGGCAAGUAUGAGGACUGCAUUAAAGACUGUGACAAGGCUGUUGAAAGAGGUAGAGAGCUCCGAGCAGACUAUAAAAUGGUAGCAAGAGCUUUGACUAGGAAGGGGACUGCUUUGGUGAAGACGGUGAAAUGCUCGAAAGAUUAUGAACCGGCGAUAGAGACUUUCCAGAAAGCUCUUACAGAGCAUCGGAAUUCAGACACUUUGAAGAAACUAAAUGAUGCAGAAAAAGCAAAGAAGGAUUUGGAACAACAAGAGUACUUUGAUCCAAAGCUAGCAGAUGAGGAGCGUGAGAAAGGGAAUGAAUUUUUCAAGCAACAGAAGUAUCCAGAGGCUGUGAAGCAUUAUACAGAGUCAUUGAGAAGAAACCCCAAAGAUCCAAAGGCAUAUAGCAAUAGAGCUGCAUGCUACACAAAAUUGGGAGCAAUGCCUGAGGGACUGAAAGAUGCUGAGAAGUGCAUUGAGCUAGAUCCAACCUUUUCUAAGGGCUACACCAGAAGAGGAGCUAUUCAGUUCUUCAUGAAGGAGUAUGACAAAGCUUUAGAAACAUACCAGGAAGGGUUGAAACAUGAUCCCAAUAACCAGGAACUGCUCGAUGGAGUUCGAAGAUGUGUGGAACAGAUUAACAAAGCUAGUCGAGGUGAUUUCACCCCUGAAGAGUUGAAGGAAAGACAGGCUAAGGCAAUGCAAGAUCCUGAAAUUCAAAACAUUCUGUCGGAUCCUGUCAUGAGACAGGUUUUGAUUGAUUUCCAGGAGAAUCCAAAGGCAGCACAAGAACACACGAAGAAUCCUAUGGUGAUGAACAAGAUUCAAAAGCUGGUCACCGCUGGAAUUGUCCAAAUGAGAUGAAAACGUAGAUGGAUUAACUUGAGUCCGUUUUGCCUUCACCAUUGCAGUAAACUUGUUUGUGUGUGUUUUUCAUUUCAGUAAUUCUGUAUCGCCUGAAUUUGGGUUGGAUUAAUUCAUAAGAAAAAGAACUAGUUUCAUCAAA